AUGGGAGCCGAUCCGCGACAGAUGUGGGAGCAGCUGCAGAAGAACAUGGCCAAGGUCCAGCAGCAGGGCAAGAGAUUCGGUGCCGGUGGUGCUCCUGGUGGUCCAGGCCCUCGCGGUGCGCUGACUGGUAUCGGUGGGCUGCUAAUGCUGGGUGGUGGCGUGUGGUUCUUCAACAACGCUCUCUUCAACGUUGACGGAGGUCACCGCGCGAUCAAGUACUCACGAGUGGGCGGUGUUGGCAAGGACAUCUACAACGAAGGAACACAUUUGGCCAUCCCCUGGUUCGAGACGCCUGUCGACUACGAUGUCCGCGCGAAACCACGCAAUGUCGCCUCCCUCACCGGAACCAAGGACUUGCAGAUGGUGAACAUCACAUGCCGUGUCCUGUCGAGACCACGCAUAGAUGCCCUGCCACAGAUAUACAGAACACUCGGAACCGACUACGAUGAGAGAGUGCUCCCCAGCAUCGUCAACGAGGUCCUGAAGAGCGUCGUCGCCCAGUUCAACGCAUCACAGCUCAUCACUCAGCGUGAGAACGUUUCGAGAUUAGUACGGGAUAACCUCGUGCGAAGAGCGGCACGCUUCAACAUUCUGCUGGACGAUGUAUCACUGACGCACCUUGCAUUCUCGCCCGAAUUCACCGCCGCCGUCGAAGCCAAGCAGGUCGCCCAACAGGAAGCCCAGCGAGCAGCAUUCGUCGUCGACAAGGCCAGACAAGAAAAGCAAGCCAACAUCGUCCGCGCACAGGGUGAGGCACGUUCAGCAGAGCUGAUCGGUGACGCGAUCAAGAAGAGCAGAUCAUACGUCGACCUCAGAGAAUUCGAGAAUGCCCGCAACAUCGCUCAGCUUCUACAAUCGAGUCAGAACAAGGUCUACCUCGACACCGAGGGCCUUGGUCUCAACGUCAGCGGCAUUGGCAACAGCAAGAACCGCGAUCAGAAGUAG